AUGUACUUCAAGCCAGAGUUGGGGUCCUGGGAUAGACUGCACGAUGCGGCCAUCAGAUACCCCGAAACCACCUUCACCGUCGUCAUCAACCCAGAAAAUGGGCCAGGAAGCACCGUAUGGCCGACCGCAGAGUACAUCGACGCCAUCGAGUCGUUGAGCAAAUAUGAAAACAUACGUAUACUAGGCUACAUCGACACCGAUGGCGGGAAAAGAGAUAACGCGACUAUACGUCAAGAGAUCGCGGUCACGCCUUUGGGCUGGAAAGGACACGAGGUACAUUCAUCCAUCACUCCAACCCACACAUUUAUCAGCCAUGUCGCAAAAUUCCAAGUCUUCGAUCCUUCUUCCGUUGUAUAUCUAUCCGAAUCUAGGCGCAUGGGAGCCUCUGUACACAGCGUAACGAAUUUCCCCAUUCCCUUGCCACCUUCGCUUAUUGACAUCUGCAGCAUCGCUAAACACCCGGAUGUCCAAUUCCUUGUCAUCCUCAAUCCGAACAGCGGACCGGGUGCCGCCCCAUGGUGGCCGAAUGCAGACUACAUCCGGGAGAUACCGCGGCUAAAUGCGCUGCCCAACGUAAAAACUUUGGGUUAUAUUUGCGCGACAUAUUGCAAGCGUUCCCUGAAAGCUGCUCUCGAUGACAUCGAGAUAUAUGGAGCGCGGGGCCGAAAUGAUGUGUGCCAGGGUGUUGACGGUGUGUUUGUGGAUGAGACUGUGAAUCUGUAUUCGCACGAAGCGAAGAAUUGGCUCGAUUCCGUCGAUCGCAAGGUCGCGCAUAGCUUGAAUCAUAUCAAAAGCCCGAUCGUCAUUCACAAUCCUGGCACGGCAUGCCAGAAGGAGAAGUCAAGAGCCUGA